AUGAAAAGCUUCAUCUAUUUCAUGUUAUUCAUUGCCUACGUAAAGUUUUUGCAGUUACGCAUGUGCGUUCUCAGUAGGAAGGAGGCCCUGGAAUUCUACGAGGAUCGGAAGGGGGAAACCUCUCUUCCUUUCGUCUUGGAGCAAAUAGUGUCGGGGCCGCUGGCAGCAGUCGAGUUAGUGGGAGAAAACGCCAUAGAACGAUGGCGACAGCUCAUGGGCCCUAGUGAUCCAAUAGAAGCCAGGAAAGUAGCUCCAAAUAGCCUUAGAGCAAUCUACGGCAAGGAUUCCCACGCUACGAGUGGUUUCCAUGGUUCGGCGUCUCCGGAAAGCGCUAUCAAAGAGUCGAGCUUCUUCUUCUCCGCGAACAAGCCGCAGUCCACCAUUCUUCUGAAAAACACCACUUGCUGUGUUAUCAAACCCCACGCCAUCCACGAAGGAAACUUGGGGAACAUUAUUACGUCCAUUACCGACUCACACUUCAAGGUCACUGCUGCUCAGAUGUUCCAUUUGAGCAACGCCAACGCUGACGAAUUUUUGGAGGUCUACAAAGGCGUUGUGAGCGACUACAAUGCUUUGCUGCUCAGUUUCUUGGAUGGGCCUUGCGUAGCUCUGGAGAUAGCGGGGAAAAAUUGUGAUAUGAACGUCCAUGAGGAAUUUAGGAAGUUUUGCGGGCCUUUUGAUGCUGAGAUAGCUAGGCAGAUAAGGCCGAAUACGUUGAGGGCCAAGUACGGGUGGGACAAAUUUAAGAAUGCCGUCCAUUGCACUGAUUUGCCUGAAGAUACUCGCCUUGAACUGGAUUAUUUCUUCAAAGUGUUGAAGGACUAGGUUCGGCUAUGGCACAUACUUUUUACUAAUUUUUCGUAUACUUUUAAUAAAACUAGCAGAAUGCCUUUUAUUUUUAUUAUA